AUGACAAAACGUACGAUUACAUUACCUAGAACAAACGACGAGAUUCCAAUCAUUGGAUUUGGUUCAGGAACCAAAUGGCAAUGGAAGAAGAAAGGUUCGGAAGAGACUGCAAUUUCCAAAGACAAUCCAUCAAAUACAGAUCCAGAUUUAGUUGCGUCUAUAGUUCAAGCUCUAGAAACUGGAUUUACCCAUCUUGACACAGCCGAAUUCUACACAACCCGUCCAGACGUUGGCAAAGGUGUCAAUGAUUACCUUGCCAAAUAUCCGAAUAAGUCGAGGUCUGACAUCUGGGUCACUGAUAAGUAUAAUUCAGUCACUCCAAAUGACUAUGACAAUGGUCCACUGGAUGGUAAAAUAAGAGGCCCAUAUCAAUCUUUGAAGGAAGGUUUGAAGUUAAUGAAUUUGGAUUAUGUUGAUUUGUUUCUACUGCAUACAACCGGUGUACCUGAAGGUUUAACAAUGGUUGAUGUUUGGAAUGAAAUGAUCCAACUGCAAAAGGAAGGCUUGGCCAAAAACAUUGGUACUUCCAAUUUUGACAUCCCAAACUUACAAGUCAUUAAGGACAAUUGCGAAGUUUUACCACAAGUCAAUCAAAUUGAAUUCCAUCCUUAUUUACAGGACCAAUCAGUAGGUAUCCGUAAAUUUUGCAAGGAAAAUAAUAUUCAAAUUGAAGCCUAUGGGCCUUUGAUUCCAAUUACCAAAUGUAACGAAGGUCCUUUGAUUCCUUUGUUGGAUGAACUAGCUCAAAAAUACGACGUUUCAAACUCUAAAAUUCUGUUGAAAUGGGUCCACAUGCAGAAUAUUGUUACCGUAACAACCUCAUCUAAAGUUGAGCGUAUGAAGGAUGUGUUGAGCGUGCAUGAUUUUCAGCUAAGUGAAGAGGACUUCAGUAAAAUCUCUGAAGUUGGCAAUACCUACUUUUUUAGGGCCUUCCCAAUUCCUCCAUUACCAACGCACGAUGAGCAGUUAAAAGAAAUUAGAAAUGUAAUUAACAAAUAA